UUUUCUUUCAGUCUCAAGGUGACUGAUCGUUGGCUCACAUCAUUCUUCUUGACAUCUCAAAGGUUUUGGAAGACAAGUUAUGUCAUCACUUUUUUCCUAUACAAGACACAUGGAUGAUGGCGAAGAGGGAAUGUUGAUGGCAGAAGAUCACGGCUCUGAUCUGAUUCAUCCUCAGGAUUUUAGGAGGCAAUGUGGCAUCAACAGAAGUAAUUUAGCCUAUUACGACUGUGAAGAGAGAGAACAGCCAGUGCCCCAUGAAAGCCUGGAUUAUUUGCCUUCACACAGUGGAGUUUAUAAGAAGUGGCUACAAGAGAAAACAUACGGAAAAGAGUGGGAUCGAUGGCUGCUGAUGGGGCUAAUUGGAACAGCAGUUGGGAUGCUGGGGUUUUUGACUCAUCAGAUAGUUGAUUCUCUCUUCAAAUUGAAAUGGGACCUGGUGGAAAGUUACCUGAAGGAUGGCAACUUCCACCUGGUGUGGGUGUGUGUGCUGGGUCCUGGGCUGGCCAUGGUCCUCGUGUCCUCAAGCUUGGUGCUGUUCUUUUGCCCAGCUGGUUCACCAUCUGGCUUGCCCGAAAUCAUUGGAUAUUUGAAUGGCACUUCUAUUCAACAUCUAUUUAACAUCAAAACCUUCCUAGGGACCUUUGUCUCAUGCGUGCUGGCUGUAGCCUCUGGGCUCUUCUGUGGGCUGGAAGGUCCCAUGGUCCAUUUGGGGGCUAUCCUGGGUUGUGGCCUGAGCCAGCUGCAGUCGGACACACUUGGCAUCCACCUUCCCUUCUUCACCAGGUUUCGGAAUUCAGCUGACAAGCGCAGCUUCAUUACAGCUGGUGCGGGAGCAGGGAUAGCUUCAGUAUUUCGUGCCCCCAUCGGCGGGCUCUUAUUCACGCUGGAGGAGGUGUCUUCCUUCUGGGACAUCAGGCUGGCCUGGCAAACCUUCUUUUGCUGCUUGACAGCUACAUUCACCACGGAUUUGCUGUCCUCAUCGCUCUAUGGAUUUGUUUACAGAGGCCACUUUGGAUUUUUUGAAGCAGAAAAAAGAAUUCUGUUUUGGGUUAAGAAUUUGCUGGACGUGCAUGUCUUGGCCUUCAUUCCAGCCAUCCUACUUGGAAUGCUUGGAGGUCUUCUGGGAGCUCUCUUUGUUUCCCUAAAUAUAAAAAUUAAUAAGUUACGUAUGCAGUUCUUUAAUUCAAUUCCAAAAUCAUCCCUUAGCAAAACAAGCAAGCUGCUGGAAACUGUGCUUAUUCUGGUAUGUACUACAACUGUAACAGUAUAUUUGCCGUAUUUCUUUCCCUGCACUCCUGUCAUGAAUGCCAGAAACUACCAGCUGAGAAACAACUCAGAAAUCAUAUACCAAUUCAAGAGGGAGAUUUCAGAAUACGGAUGUUCACUGAACACAUCAUGGAUUGGUCCAGAUGGAGUCAGAUAUUCUAAUCAAACCUUCAAUCAAGCUGCUGCUCUUCUGGUUGAGAAUGGUAAGCGAGGGAUCACAUAUCUUUUUAAACGUGGGACUCAUGAGGAAUUUGGAUACACAUCUCUCUGCACUGCUUUGGCAUUUUACUUCAUCCUCAGCUGCUGGACUGCAGGUUCUGCUGUUGCCAGUGGCCUGGUUAUCCCGAUGCUGUACAUUGGAGCUUUGUAUGGCAGGAUAAUAGGUUUGAUCCUUGUUUCCAUUUUUGGUGUUCAAAAUAAUGAAUACGGAGCAUGGAUUGAUCCAGGCCUCUUUGCUGCCAUUGGAGCUGCCUCCUUUUUCAGUGGUGUGUCAAGACUAACCAUUUCCCUCACUGUUAUCAUGGUAGAGAUCACAAAUGAUGUCCAGUCCUUGCUGCUGAUAAUGCUGGCUGUCAUGAUGGCCAAGAUGGUUGGUGACAUUUUUAACGCAUCCCUGUACAGCUCCCUCCUGAGGCUGAAAUGCAUUCCUUACUUGGAUGUGGAACCUUUUGUUCAACACAGGAGAGAACGGCUGAACCUAGAAUUGUUCUCUGCCAGAGAUGUCAUGGAGCCUAACGUGAGAGUCCUUCACCUGAAGGAAAACAUUGCCUCAUUGGCUUGGCUUCUUGCAAGCACAAGCCAUGGUGGAUUCCCUGUGGUUGGCAGGUCCAAGUCAGAUCACACACAGGUGUUUCAAGGAACCAUUAAAAGGUUAGAGCUGUUCAUGUUGCUGGAGAAUGAGCACAUCUUUGAACCAGAGACAAACAACGAAUCUUUCUCCUUCUCACAUCCUCUACCCUAUGAGAAGAUAACAGUGGAGAAGCUGCCCAAGCCGUCGCGCCUGGCCAUGCUGCUGAAUUGCUACACUACAGAUCCCCGGUAUCAGCAACUCUUCAUCAAUCUGGAGCCAUACAUAAACAAAUCGGCCAUGUCAGUCCAAGCCCACUUCUCACUGCAGCGCACGUACAUCAUCUUUCGCACCCUGGGGCUGCGCCAUCUCACUGUGGUCGACUUGCAGAACCGAGUGGUUGGUGUGAUCACCAGGAAGGACCUGAUGCCUCUCCCCUUGGGGAAGAGGCUCAGGCUCCAGCUGUCUGCACACAGCCCUGAUGGGGGAGAGUAGCCUCUGGAUUUAAGGCAGUGGAGAGUGGAUUUAAGGCUAUGGAUGCAUUCUUGGGAUUUGUCGCUUCUUUCUGAGCUCAUGCUUCUUCAGGAAAAAAUAAUCAGAGCUUUUGCACUUGAUCCCUUCUGGAGAAGAGAUGCUUAAAAGCUGUUGUAACUAGACAUGUGGGGUUGUAGCCUAGAGCUACGUCUCUACAGCUGUUUGGUGAUUGCAAAAUUCAUUGACUUAAAUGCUUGCAAGGCAGAAUAUGAAUUCAUGUAUUUAUGAAAGAUGCAUAUAAAAUCAGAUCUGUAGGAUGGAUGUUAAGCAGUCUUUUGUCACACUGUAUCUAUGCCUCCCGAUGAAAAAAUGUCAUGAUCCCUAGCAGCAAAGUUAUGCUGGCAAAACCUUUGAGCUAGGACUAAAUUUCCAACCACUGAACAUCUGCUUCCAAACCAGCAUUUUUAUGUCGAAGCAUGUAAGUUUAAUUGAAAGGAAAUACUGCCUUGAGAGAAGCAGCCCAUUGAAAGGAACAGGGGAUUGGGCUUUCGUAUUGGCCUAUGUGUUACUGCAAUCCAAAGGGAGAAUUGAAAGUGAAUGAGAAACCUGACAUGCCUUUCUAUUGCUUACAGUUCUUUAAUUUCUUGACUGCUAGAAUAGGCUCUUUUCUCUCUUUUAACCUGAUAAGAGAACAUUUUUAGUUCAGGUCAUGUGUAGGGAGGUAUGUAACAAAUUCUCAUGAUGGGGACAUAGCAUGAUAAAUUGUCAGAGCAGUUUUUGAUAGCAGCAUAUUUAGAACCUAGAAAAAAAAAGUAAAUAAUUCGUCAUGAUUUUGUAGCCAUGCAGUGUUUGAAAGUUUGGAAAGGGUCAGUUGUUAAUAAAUUAAUGGGAACAAUUUUUUGGAUGAAGACACUGUUAGAUCUCCUUCUAUGACUUCACAAUUGAUGUUUAAUUUUAUUCUGUUAAAUACCAGAGGGAUUCACACAGCUUUGAAUAUCAAAACCUAGUAUGCACAAAGGAAUUCACCACUAUUAAUGCUGUUAUAAUGAAUAUCAAGAAAAAACAGUAAUAAUUUACUGUUUCUAAAAAGUUGCCAAGUUCCUGAAAAUGAAUUUCUGGUAUUUGAAUCACGCAGCUUUG